AUGGAAGGAAUUAUUCGAGUACAAAAACAUAUUAAAAUUCAAAUUUUGAAUGAUUAUGAAAAUUUCCAAGGGUCUAAUAAAGGUAAAGUUACACGAUCUCAUAUUAAAGUAAGGCUCGAAAGUUUAGAGAAGGCAUGGUCUCGUUUCGAAGACAAUAAUUACGAGUUGAUAGAAAUGGGGGAAUUACCACACGAUUCUGAGUACCUAACAGACAAAGUAUUUGAUAAAAUUAAAGAAGUGUACUAUGAAUAUAAAGGAGAGCUAGAGGAUAUUCUUUUAAAGGAAGUUAUUGACCCCACCGUUUCUUCGACUAAAGUAAGAGACACACUGUCAAUUAAUCUGCCUACCAUUAACUUACCAACGUUUUCUGGAAGGUAUACAGAAUGGCCAUCUUUCCGUAAUUUAUUUGAAACAUUAAUACAUAAAAAUCCAAAUUUACAUAAUAUUGAGAAACUUUACUAUUUAAAAAGUCACAUCACCGGUGAAGCUGAGCAAUUGUUACGUCAUGUACCUAUCACAGAAGCUAGUUAUGAAGAUUGUUGGAAAUUAUUGAGGAAAAGGUACAGCAACAAAAGGUUCAUAGCAAAUCAUACAUUGAAUCGCCUGUUCGGUCAAAAGAAUUUAACUUCAGAGGAGAGUUGCGGAAUAAAGGGAAUACUCGAUACCACGAAUGAGUGUUUAAGUGCUCUCUCUAAUUUAGAAAUAGAUAUUUCGACGUGGGAUCUUUUAAUUAUUUACUUAGUUACACAGAAGUUGGACGGAGAGUCUAGAAAACUGUGGGAGCACAAUAUUAGUAAAGAUUUAGAGAAUUUACCAACUUUAGAUGAAUUUUAUACAUUUUUGGAAAACAGAUUUAGAGCUUUAGAAUUUUUAGAGCUGAGAGAGCGGAAGACGAUUGUAGAUCAGAGACAAAAGACACAUGCCUUUGCCACAACUGCCGUGAUUAUGCAAUGUUCAUACUGUAAGAUGAACCAUACGUUGGACCAGUGUACAUCGUUUUAUAAAGAAGAUUUUGACACUAGAUUACAAUUUAUAAGAAAUAAUAAUUUAUGCUUUAAUUGCUUUAGCACGUAUCAUAAAGCAUCAUCAUGCAGACGGCUUAGGGCAUGUCAGCGUUGUAAUGGUCGACACCACACAUUAUUACACCGAGAGACGAUUGCCAGGUGUGGUUUACCAAAGACGGGUAUAUGGCCUUUGGAUGAGGUUCACGGAGAGAGUAAUUAUUAUAACAAUGACGAGGUCAAAAACCGACAAUUGCCCCAGGUAAUGUUGCCCACAGCCCUAGUUAAGGUGAACACUGAGAAUUCCAGUACAACCUUGAAAGCAUUACUCGAUCAGGGCUCUCAAGCUUCAAUUGUCACCGAGAGAAUGGCAGAAAUUUUAAGUCUUCAAAGGAUACCGGUAGAAGGAGCUGUAACUGGUGUAGGGGGAGAGGAUCAGAACGUGGCUAUCAAAGAAAUGGUAGAAUUUAAUAUACAGUCCACUGCUAGUGAUUUUAAUUGUAACGUACAAGCCUAUGUUCUGAGUGAUCUACCGUCAACCCCCGCGGUAGAAGUUACACACAUCGUUGAUUGGCCAGAGUUAUCAUCCUUAAAAUUAGCAGAUCCUCGUUUUGACAAGCCUGGUAAAAUAGAUGUUAUAUUAGGUGCUGAAAUUUAUGGACGUAUUUUAAGAUAUGGUAUUCUUCGAGAUACGUCAUACAAUUUAACGGCGCAAAAUACUCAUUUUGGAUGGAUAUUAUCUGGUAGGGUCCCAGUGAUGUCGCAAGAAUUUAAGGUAGGAUAG